AAGCAGAAUGCUGACAAGGACUUCGGCCAUCAGUCACAGGGCUAUAAAGAGGGGCACUGCAGAGGAAGUGGCACCAGAUGGAGACCCAGACUGUGCAGCGGGAGCUGGAAACCGUUCCAACCACCAAGAUGGCUCAGACCAACCCUAUGCCUGGGUCCUUGGGGCCAUGGAAGAUAACCAUCUACGAUCAGGAGAACUUCCAGGGCAAGAGGAUGGAGUUCACCAGCUCCUGCCCAAAUGUCUCUGAGCGCAGUUUUGAUAAUGUCAGGUCCCUCAAGGUGGAAUGUGGCGCCUGGAUUGGUUAUGAGCAUACCAGCUUCUGUGGGCAACAGUUUAUCCUGGAGAGAGGAGAAUACCCUCGCUGGGAUGCCUGGAGUGGGAGCAAUGCCUACCACAUUGAGCGUCUCAUGUCCUUCCGCCCCAUCUGUUCAGCUAAUCACAAGGAGUCUAAGAUUACCAUUUUUGAGAAAGAGAACUUUAUUGGACGACAGUGGGAAAUCUGUGAUGACUACCCCUCCUUGCAAGCCAUGGGUUGGUUCAACAACGAAGUUGGUUCCAUGAAGAUACAAAGUGGGGCCUGGGUUUGCUACCAGUAUCCUGGAUAUCGUGGUUAUCAGUAUAUCUUGGAAUGUGACCACCACGGAGGAGACUAUAAACACUGGAGAGAGUGGGGUUCUCAUGCCCAGACAUCCCAAAUCCAAUCGAUUCGACGUAUCCAACAGUAGUGGAUUAAGAGCUCCAAGAAUUCCUCAAGCAUUAAGACCUUGCUAAGCACUCUAGAAUGAGUUUUAUGUUCUGCUCAAACAUUGCUUCCAAAUGUUAGAUGCUGAAAUCCACAAUAAAUGUCAUUUAAAAACAAGAAACAAAAAAAUUGUACUGAAUUAACUACCAUGCUUUGCGCAAACCACACUAAGUGGCUGAAAAUUUUAACAGCCUCAAUAAAACCCAAGUUCCUCUUUGGGUCCUUGCAAAUCACUUAAAAAGGCUAAAGACAAUUAUUUUUGGAUCCCAAAGAAUAAAGCAUUUGACCAAAAUGCUAAGCAUCUAUAGUGACUAGUUUAUGCAUUUUUCACUCCAUUAUUUUCUAAUAUUGUUGACUUUAGCAUUGAUUUUUUCCCCAAUUUGUGACAAAUUGGUGCUAAAAAUGGUAAUGUCUCAAAAUGUGUACUGCCAUACAUUUCUACAGAAAGUUAUGAAUAAAUUCAGAAUCUUGGCAGCUUAA